AUUUCUCAAAGAUUGAGAAGGCGCCGACCGGGUGUUCAAGAAGUUCAGCUGUUUAGUGGGUCUUGUCCUCUGCAGUAAAAUGGCUGCUCUAGCACUCGGUUUUAGAAGAUCUUUGGCACUUAGUGCCCGAGCUUUCCUAACAGUCGCUCCCAAAGCGGCUGCUAGCUCUAUUUCCAACAAUCACCUGCACACGAAGCAAUGGAAUGGCCCACAAACAUCUUCCCUUCUCGUGUCAAAGCAGCUCAAGGUACAGCUACUUCAAAAUUAUUCAUCGAAACCCAUCUCUAUUGAUGAUCUUCAAGAGAGAGUUUUGACUCUGCUGCGCGCGUUUGACAAGGUCACUGCGGAAAAGCUGACUGUGGACUCUCACUUCAUUAAUGAUUUGGGUUUAGACUCCCUGGAUCAUGUUGAAAUUAUCAUGGCAAUUGAGGAUGAAUUUGGUUUUGAAAUCCCAGAUGGUGAUGCCGAGAGGUUAGCCAAACCAGCAGACAUUAUUCGCUACGUUGCCGAUAGAGAAGAUAUUUAUGAAUAAUGUGUGGUUUUCUCUUAGCAUGUUAUUGUUAAUUGUGUACAUAAGUAGUGCUGUUGUGGUGCAAUGUUAAUGCCUUUGUACAUCCCAAAAGUGAUGCACUAUCAAUUGUGGACAAAAUGUGAUUUUCAAAAGGUCUAGUUCUGUUCAAAAAGAGUAAGUACCCUGUUCACCUUCAUUGAUUCCUAGCAGACACACAUGUUGUAAUAAAGAUUUCUUUGGAAGUGUA